AUGAUGUGGGGGUCCAAGCUCUCAGCUGUGCUGUCCGCGCUCAGCUUGACACAUUCGGUACCUGCGACCGAGCUUGAGCAGGUCGUCGUCGAGAGCGGCGUAAAGCAGGUAGCCAUCAUUGGAGCUGGUGCCGGCGGCUCUUCUGCGGCCUACUACCUACAAAAGUUCGCCGAGGCUGAAGGUCUUCCCGUAAACAUCACCGUAUUUGAAAAGACCGAUCGAGUAGGAGGCAGGACGUUGACUAUAGAUGCCUACGGCAACCCGCUCGAACCCGUAGAGUUGGGUGCCUCCAUCUUCAUCGAAGCGAAUCACAUCAUCUACAAUGCCAGUCUCAACUUUGGCCUUCCCCUGAAGCAGCCAGAGUCCGGCAGUGAUGGCUUCCUGGGCAUCUGGGAUGGUGAGAAGUUUGUCUUUUCACAGGAUGACAGUUCUUGGAACUGGUGGAACUUGGCCAAGCUCUUCUGGAAGUACGGCACGGCUCCGUACAAGGCGCAGAAGCUCGUGCAGUCGACCGUUGCGACCUUCUUGCAACUCUACGAGAAACCUUACUUUCCUUUCCGAUCGCUCACCCAAAGGGUCUUCGAGCUGGAUCUUUUGAAGGCAACUUCUGUCACUGGAGAGGAGUUCCUUGCCAACAAUGAGAUCAGUGCGCUUUUCUCCCACGACAUUAUUCAGGCAGCCACCAGGGUCAACUAUGCAUCUAACCUAAAGUACAUCCAUGGCCUUGAGACCAUAGUCUCUCUUGCACCUGAAGGUGCCCGGCAAGUCAUUGGGGGCAACUGGCAGGUCUUCCAGACAAUGCUUCAGAGGAGUAAUGCAACUUUGCAACGGAACACUUCGGUGACAUCGAUUGCGGUGAAGUCUGGUCCUUCCAGCUCCAAGUAUCUGCUUUCGACCAAAGACGCCCACGCCGAAGCUGAGACAGACGCGGACCAGUACCCGAUUGCUUUCGACAACGUCGUCAUCGCAACUCCGUGGCAGUAUGGGGAUAUCAGCGUCUCGGAAGACCUUUUCCAGCACAAAAUUGACGAGGUUCCUUACACCAAGCUCCACGUCACUCUUUUUGCUUCACCUUUCCGCCUCUCCCCGGAAUAUUUCGGUCUGGAACCUGGUUCCAAGUCACCUGACUCAGUUCUGACAACUCUUGGCCCCAACGACGAGGCAAAGGCUGGUACCGAAGGCGCUGGCAAGGCUGGCUUCUACUCUGUUAGCACCCUCAGAACCGUUACAAACCCCGACACCCUCAAGGAUGAGUUUCUCUACAAGAUUUUCUCUCCAAAGAAGGUCACAGCAGAGUUCCUGUCGAAAUUGCUCGGCGUUGAAGUGCCCGCCUCUAUUGUUGUGGGUGACAAGUCCGAAGAAAGUGGCCAGCGCACCGUUGAACCCAUCUCUUGGUAUUACCCCCACGUGUUCAACUCGUACCCCAUUGAAUAUCCCCGAGUCACUUUCCAGGACCCCAUCCUGAGGGACGGACUGUACUAUCUUUCCGGUAUUGAGAGCUUCAUCUCCACAAUGGAGACUAGUGCGUUGAUGGGAAUGAAUGUUGCAAAAUUGAUCGCCGACGAUUUCUCCGAGACCAAGGAAACGCUCGAAAAGAUUGAGACUGGCACUGCACAGGAGGUACUUGGUCAAAUGGAGGAGGAGGCGCCCGUGGCUGAUGAGUUGUAA